CUACGUAGGUAUGUAGAAAGAAUAUACAAAAAAAUCAUUCAAUUCAUAGAUAAUGACUGAAAGAGGUGGACCUCCCUACUACACUGAUGAGGAACUGCUGGAAAUAUUGAUGAAUAGUGAUGAAGAAACAUCAGACAUAGAUGAAAAUGAGGUGCCUACCAGUAAUGAGGACGAGGUAGAUGAAACGGAGAGUGAUUUGGAAGACGAUGGUCCGCCAGAGGAAAUAGCGAAACUUGAUGGAGCAUUUUCCUGCAGCAACCAGCCAUUUGAACCCAUUAUUCAUCGCUAUAACCCUGCUACAUCGGAAUUGAAAAACACUUUUGAUCCGAAUUCUACUCCACUCAUGUGUUUCAAGCAAUUUUUUUCUGAAGCAUUGUUAGAACACAUAGUAAUUGAAACAAACCGUUAUGCUGAUGACACGUCUCAAACUGCACCAAGUACUUCUCGUCAAAACAAAUGGAAGCCUACUUGUCAUGAUGAGCUAUACGUCUUUCUGGCUGUUACAAUAUUGAUGGUUCAUACAAAGAAACGAAAAAUAAACGACUAUUGGGCCACCGAUCCCCUAAUUGUUACACCAAUAUUUAUUCAAAUUAUUUCACGUGAUAGAUAUAUACUUCUUCUGCGUAAUCUUCAUUUUGCUAAUAAUGAAGAACAGAAGAAUACAAACGAUCGUCUCUUCAAAAUUAGAACAGUUGUUGAUCAUCUAAAAGCUGCUUUUUCAAAAAGUCUACAUCCUUUUCAAAAUCUUUGUAUAGAUGAGAGCUUGAUGUUGUUCAAGGGACGAAUCGGUUAUAAGCAGUAUAUUCCAUCGAAACGUCACCGAUUUGGCAUAAAGUUUUUCAGUUUCUGUGAUUGUAAAGCUGGAUGUACACUAGAUUCCAUUAUCUAUACAGGAUCUAAUUCCAAUAUUCAGGAAUUUGAGGGAAAUCUUGGUAAAGGAGCGAAUAUAGUUUUAACUCUCAUAGAACCAUACAUGUACAAGGGGCAUAAUAUAUUUCUGGACAAUUGGUAUUCAAGUCCAACCCUUUUUCGGGUACUUCAUCAACAUGAAAUAAAUGCAUGUGGGACUGUUAGAGCAAAUAGAUCUCACAUGCCUCCACUAAAAAAAACUAAAUAG